AACUUUCAUGGUUAACGUGAUGUGCAUACAAGCCUUAUAAACUUCGUGCAUUCUGCAGAAAACCGAAUUACUCUUCUUCAAGGACCAACAUAGAAGCCGCCAUGUUGCCUCUCCUGACCGUGUUUACACUGUGUCUCUCCGCUGUCCUCUCGGCUCCCAGCCUGGAUCCACAGCUGGACGAACACUGGAACCUGUGGAAGAACUGGCACAGCAAGGACUAUCAUGAGAAGGAGGAGGGCUGGAGGAGGAUGGUUUGGGAGAAAAACCUCAAGAAGAUUGAGAUGCACAACCUGGAGCACUCCAUGGGCAAACAUACCUACCGUUUGGGCAUGAACCACUUUGGAGACAAGACCAACGAGGAGUUCCGUCAGCUGAUGAACGGGUACCGGCAGAAGGCUGCCAACCAGAGGAAGUUCAGGGGAUCCGUGUUCUUGGAGCCCAACUUCCUGGAGGCUCCCCGUCAGGUGGACUGGAGGGAGAAGGGGUAUGUUACCCCUGUUAAAGACCAGGGACACUGUGGGUCUUGUUGGGCCUUCAGCACCACAGGCGCCAUGGAGGGUCAAGUGUUCAGGAAGACCGGUACUCUGGUGUCCCUCAGUGAACAGAACCUUGUUGACUGCUCCCGUCCAGAGGGCAAUGAGGGCUGCAACGGUGGUCUGAUGGACCAGGCCUUCCAGUACAUCAAAGACAACAAUGGACUGGACUCCGACGAUGUGUACCCAUACCUGGGAAUUGACGACGGGCCAUGUAACUAUGACCCCAAGUACAACUCUGCCAACAACACGGGCUUCGUAGACAUCCCCAGAGGCAAGGAGCACGCUCUGAUGAAGGCCGUGGCAGCGGUCGGGCCGGUGUCUGUUGCCAUCGAUGCCAGCCAGAGGUCCUUCCAGUUCUACCAGUCAGGUAUUUACUAUGAUGAGGACUGCAGCAGUGAUGCCCUGGACCACGGGGUCUUGGUGGUUGGCUACGGGUUCGAGGGGGAGGAUGUCGAAGGGAAGAAGUACUGGAUUGUCAAGAACAGCUGGAGUGAGAAGUGGGGAAACAAGGGUUUUAUCUACAUGGCCAAAGACCGGAAGAACCACUGUGGCAUCGCCUCAUCCGCCAGCUACCCUCUGGUCUAGUGUGGACCAGACCAGCAUGCCUCAGCAAGAGCUUACAAAACAGGAUCCUGUGAGCUGUACAACUAACUGAAACUACUAAAAAUUACUGGAUGUCUAACAGCCUGAAUGAGAUUCAGGAUUUGACUGAGUUUCUGGCUGAUAGUCUGGGUCUCUACAUGAAUGACAAGUGGGCUGUGAAGAGUUCUAUAUGGAUUUCAAGGUUAAACAACAAACAGUUUGGGUUUAUUGCCUUUUAUGUUGGUUGUGAAAUUCCAAGCCAUCUUUGUUUUAACUGACUUCAAUUUGCUUUUAGUUUUUGGUCUUAUGUCUGAUUUUAAUUUCUUACCAUUGCUCUGCUAAUUAUUGUGCUUAUUAUGAUUAAUUAAACCUGAAGGUUUUGUUUCACUGAAUUU